AUGGCUGAAGCAAGACAACCCAUUCACCUUUUAGAUGUUUGCAAUCAAAAAUUCUCAGAAUUCUUGUUCAAUGCUGAGCAUAAGUGCUUGGUGUGGUUGAGAGAAAUUGAGGAAGAAGCCAUGAAGAUAUUUGAUAGUAACAACUUUAGUACCGAACCUGAACUGAUGCCCAAAACACCAUCUCAGAAGAAGUAUCGGAAAAAGAAGCGGUCUUCAUUGUUUAAGGAUGAAAAUAAAGAACUAAUUAGAAAAAGAUUAUCUAAAGGACAUGGCAGUUUAAAGACUGAAUCUUUUCAGAAGGUUUCUCCAAGAAGAGUACCGAAUAACCUCAAUGUGGGAGAUGAAAUAUCUUUGCCAGAUAUUAUGACGAACUCUUCUAAGGGAAGUUCAAAAGUACAGUCUGACAGGAUAGCUAUGGGUCCAGUAGGGGAACCACUUGGUACUGGCUGCUGUAAAAAUGGUGAAGUACCGGAAAAAAGGAAUGAGGGCAUGAAUGGAAUCCCUGAAAUUUUUAUUGUGCAUUCAGAUGACCAUUUAGCUGAUAAUUCAAGGGUCACUGAGAUUCCCAUUAUGUUAGACAGUCCUGCAAUGCUAGUUCAGAACAUCACUGAUCCAGUAAAGGCAGAAAAAAAUGGGAAUGCAUCAAGAUUUCCAAGUAUACCCACUCUAAAAGAAUCUUUAAAUGGGAAGCACACAUCCAGAGAAGAGAUUCCACCCCAAGAAUUACUUAAUAAUAAUUUGGAUCCAGAAGGAGAAGGCCUGAAAGAAAGUUCUGCUGCCUCCACAGGGUCUUUGUCAGGCCAUCGUCGUCUAAGUAGACCACACAAAACUCCAAGGAUCUCACUGGUGGAGAAAUACUCACUGAGCAAUAAAAGAAAAAGCACAAUUCGAAAAUCCAUCAGCAGGACAAUUGCCAGGAAGCAAGCAGCUCAGGACUCAUCAUCUGCUUCAAGUCGAGUAAGCUGCCAUAGUUCCACUGAAAUAUUUUUGAAUGAUGAAAACCACAAGCAUGGGCCUUUGACACAGAAUGCUGAAUUAGGAGAGCCUCUGAACAGUCUACAAAAAGAGCCUUGUGUUCUGGAUGCACCUAGUCUAAUUGUUAGCACCCCUUUGCACAACCCAACACAAUUUGAGAGGCACCAAGACAAGACUUGCAAUAAAGACAGACUUGAGACUACUAUUACUGACUCCCACAUCAGUAAUUCUGAAGAUUUAGCCAUGAACAACAGUUCCCAUGAACCAAUGCAGAAUAUCCGGAAGCAAAGUUAUAGACAAGCAGUGGAGGACCUACCUGCUCCUUCAUGCACAGAAGAUAAAAAUCCUAGUCCUUUCAGUCAUACAACCACAUCCACUUCUGCAAAGAAAAUGUUGCCAACAUCUGGCCCAUCCAAGAUAAUACGACCUUUCAAAAACUUCUUUCAAACCAUGCAAAAGAAUCAGCUUCUCAAAUCUCCUGGGUCUUCAGGGAACAAAGUCCCCAAACAUAGUACUCCCUGUAGAUCUGCCACCAAGGGGGAGUUUGUUGAAAAGGAGCGCCAGCGUCUGGAGAGUCUUCGAAAAAAACAAGAAGCAGAGCAACAGAGAAAGCAGAAAGUGGAGGAAGAAAAGAGACGUCGGUUGGAAGAGAUAAAACUAAAACGUGAAGAGCGACUGCGAAAGGCAUUGCAAGCUCGAGAACGAGUAGAGCAGAUGGAGGAAGAAAAAAAGAAGAGAAUGGAACAGAAAUUUUCUCAGCUUGAUGAAAGAAAUGACAAGAUGCGAGAGGAGAAAACAGCAGAAGAAAAGGCAAAGAAAUCUAUAAAGAAAAUAGAAGCAGAAUUCCGAAAACUGAAACUGCCACAAAUGGAAGAAGGGCCAAAGCUUCAAGAACGUCCAGAAAAAUGGAGAACAAUUGGGGAAAUUAAGAAAAUGCUGGAAAUCAAUAGCAAUAGACAGGAAAAGGGGCACCAAAGGCACCAAGAUAAAGAGAAGCUGGUGAAAGUUCAGGAACUCACUAUAGUUAAGGAAGAGGAAGAAAAUGUAAAGGAAGAAGAGAAUCCUGUUUCACGGGCUCGGCUGCAGCAGGACGAUACAGCUGUGCAAGUGGAAACUGUCCCUGCUGCAUGUGGGUGGCUGAAUAUAACUGCUCAGAAAUGUUAUAGUGGGAGUUCCAACCAAGUGGAUGCCCAAGAUCUGAAAAAUACAAAGUCUCUUAAAGUCAAUCUGAAUGACUAUGGAAUGGAUCUGAAUAGCGACGAUUCCACUGAUGAUGAGAGUCAACCUCGCAAACCCAUCCCUUUGUGGGCCAGCGGGGUUCAACUUAAUGAAGCUGUUACAUACCAGUACUACAAUCCUCCAGAUAUCAACAGGUUAUUUGGUCUCAUAUCAAGCCCUAAGCUAGAGAAUAUCUUCUAUAAAAGUAAGCCAAGGUAUUUCAAGCGUACAAGUUCAGCUGUAUGGCAAUCGCCACCUCUUCCUGGAUCCAAACCAGCACUCCGGACGUCCAACAGCAUGAAAAAAUACUGAAACUAUUUCUUGUCUCGCUAUACUUAUGUUGCAUCUGUAAAUCAUUUUAGUAUUUUGUGUGUUAUAUAAUAAAGGUUGAAAUGUUAUAUCUAUCUUUAGCGUUUCAGGUAACUAUGAUUUGCUUCAUAUUAUGUUCCAAGGGAUUCAUCGUAUUUUCUAGUAUUUGUACUAAUGAGGAAAAAAUUAACAGUAGUCACAAUCUGAUAUAUUGUUGGUUGGUCUUCUCAUUAUGUUACCCAAUACUAAAAGAUUCUUAGCUUUGAGAAUUGAUUG